AUGAAGGCAGCAGAGAUCAGAUUCUCUCAGCAGAGACCUCUACAGCACAGAGAUCCAGCCAUGGCACCUACUGUCACUGGAGCAAUGACUAAUUCUCAGGAGCAUCCAACCCUGACACACAAGCUCAGAAAGCCUCUGGUGGAGAAGUUACGCAGAGAACGAAUAAACAGCAGCAUCGAGCAGCUCAAGUCUCUCCUGGGUCCAGAGUUUCUCAAACAGCAGCCAGACUCCAAACUGGAGAAAGCAGACAUCCUGGAGAUGACAGUUUGCUUCCUGAGACGACUGCAGCAGCAGCAGCAACGUCGAGCUGUGGACUCAGCAACAGUCGAUCAGGGCUACUCCAGGUGCGUCCAAGAAAUGGUCCAUUUCCUGUCCAAAGACGAGGUGAGGACUCAGUCCCAGAGAAGACUGCUGAACCACGUCAACAACCUGCACGCUUCUUCCAAUAAGAACCCGAGAGAGGCUGACUUCUCUCCUCUGAGCUCCACAGUCCAGACAAGCAUUAUCAAAGACAAGAGUCCAGUCAGCUCUGCUUUGUGGAGACCUUGGUAGAAGCUUAAAGACUUGUAUAAAAGUGUGUGUGUAUGUAAAAACUCUAUCUCUGUAGAAGUACCUGUAAUUGUACUUGUUCCUGUGGUUAUCUUAUUUUGAUAUCUGUGCUGCAUUUUUCUUUCAUUUAUACUGCCUUUUGUAAAGGUGAGAUUCUGUGUUUCUGUAAUAUUUGCAGACAGCGGGUGGGUCGUUAUUUUGUAUUUCAAAAGCAGUCACAUUCAGAUUAAGGCAUUACUCUGUGAAGUAGGCAUUUUUAUUCCCAGUGUGAAUUCCCGAAUAUUGUUGGUUGCGCUAACAAUUGUGCAUGCAUGUUGAACAUGCUUAAAAUUUAAUGUGAUAUCCACGCACUCUAACGACUGAAAUGUCCUUUCUGUCCUUUAAAUUUGUUAACUGUCUGCAUUUUUAGCAGAUAAAGUUGGAGACAAAUGUGCUGCCUAUUGGCUCUGUGAGUGACAGCGCACAUGCCUUCAGUGGAGGCCUUGUUAUUUGGAAAAUAUCUCAAAAUGAAUGUAUCUCUUCAAGCCAAGUGAUGCGCAAUAAAACAAUCAGAAAAAAAACAACAAA